UUAAAUCAAAUUCAUAAAUCAAAUCCAAAAUGAUGCAGCACAGUGCUUUGCUUCUGUCCACCAUCCUGAUCGUCUCCUGUGGAGCGGCAAUCGCCUGCAGCGGAAAGAUAAUUGCAUCGGGCAUCAGCACGGAAGAGAGAUCAAUCAUCUUGCAGGAACACAAUCGCCUAAGGCAGCUCGUGGCCACCGGACGCUACCCGGGCCAGCCAGGAGCGGAGAACAUGCGCGAGAUCGUCUGGGACGAGGAGCUGGCUGCAAGGGCACAGAAGUGGGCCGACAACUGUCAGUUCCGUCACGAUCCGCAUCGCACAAUAAAUCGCUUUACCAUGGGCCAGAACCUGGCCAUUAUCUGGAGCACGGCACCGCUGGACGCCGAUGACGGUGACUUUCCCUCUCGCAUCCAGAGCUGGUUCAACGAGGUGCAGAAGUACUCCUUCGGCGACGCCUGGUCCCCCAAAACGGGACACUACUCGCAGCUCGUCUGGGGCGAGACGAGCCUCGUGGGCUGCGGCUAUGCUGAGUACAAGGAUGCCAGCAAAUACAACAAGCUCUACGUGUGCAACUACGGGCCAGGCGGCAACGUGGUGGGUUUCAAUCCGUAUGAGGUGGGGAAGCCCGCCUGCUCCACCUACGGCAUGAAGCCCUCGUCGAAAUAUCAGGGUCUGUGCGCGGCCCCAGGAGCAUCGCCGGCGGCAAGCAACAGCGUCUACGGAGGCAACACCAUUGAAACGUAUGAGUACAGCAACGGCAACAGCAACCCAAAGCACAAUAACAACCAGCCGACUAACAACAUUAACAAGAGCCAACCCACCUACAACCUCAACCGAUUCUACAAUAAUCCCAAACACCCCUCUGCCAACCCACUGUCCACCUAUCCCACCCACCCACAGGCAGCAGCGGCGGCAGCGACGUCCGGCGGCAGCUCGUUUGGCACCGCCUCGCGCGGCGGCAGCCACGCCUACACUACUGAGGCCAAUCAACGGCAACGGCAGCCGGAGCCAUCGGCGUUCCAGUCCGGCCGCUACAAGCAUAAGCUGGAGGCGUACCGCCCCUCAGCAGCCGAGUUUGAGAAGUCCGUACACAAGCAUACCAUUCUACGCACCUUUAUAGAGCAGACUCCGAGCCAGAAUCGGCAGCAAACGGAGGCGGAGGCUGAGGCACAAGCGGUGGUGGAUGCCGAGCAGGAGCAGACGGUGGCACCCAGCACACGGAAGCCGAGUCGCGGCUGGAGCCUGUUGACGUGGCGUGGCUGAAGACUGCCAGGGAGAAGAAUGUCCCCCCUCAUACUCGUAUGCCGCACAAUGUAUUAGGCCCGCGCCUCCCCAUUAAUAGCUACUAUGUAGUGCCAUUAGAAAACCACUGAACCACCAUCAUCGAUUCUGACCCCACCCAUCACCCAACACCAAUCGCCCCCUAGCCCUAGCCAAUUGUAGGUUCUUAUUUAAGCAUGUACUCUAUGCCCCACAAUCACAAUCACAGUCCAGACAACUGCCAUGCGACACAGCCCUAAUUCCUAGUGCUGUAACUGCUUCUGUAAAUUAUUUACUAUAUACUGAAAACUGAACGAAUUUUGGCUGCCUGUAAGCUAACCAGAAGGCGUAGCAGGAGCAGGUCGACUCACCCAGACGAAUGUUUGUAUCAAAUGUUUACUACCCACUUAACUGUCAUUCUGUUAACCAAUCGAUCGGCAUUCAACAUCAAUCAGCUAGUUGUAGUAUUGUGUUCAAGCAAAUAAAACAAGAAAAUUGAUUUGUAAA